AUGGCUUCUCGCAACAGCCGAAUGACGCUCGGCCGUCUUCUGGGCCUGAGUCGCGACGACAAUCGCAGUCGCCGCGAAUGGGAUUUUGAGCAUCGAGAUCCGCUGCUCCCUCAGCACAGCACCGGCCAUCUCAACCCCGUCGUCCCCCCGGUAGAAGUCACCAAAGUCGCUCUCCGCCUCCGCCACCUGAUCGAGGAAUGCGUGCCCUGUGAGCUCGAAGAGUCCCUCAUCACCCAGGCCCACAGCCGCGUCAUCACCAAGAAGGUCAUCCUCGCUGCCAAGGAGGCCGGCGGCGAGCAGUACCGGUCCUGCGUCGUGUUUUGUCUGCUCGUGUGCAGUCGGUGGUUUAAGCGACAGGCCAUUUUGGAAUUGUGGGAUGCAGACUUGCAUAAUGUGAGGUCUACGGCUUGUCAGGUUAUUGCCAAGGCAAUCAUCGAGAAUGAAGAGGACACAAGCUAUCUCCUCCACACUCUUCUCCUUCAUCGCUUCUCCAUCAUCGUCAACGGCAAGCCCACGCCCCCCGCGAACGCUAUCGAAAAGGCCGUCGACCUGCACGCACUGCGAGUCAUCUGCUCCUCUGGCUACCAGAAAUGCCUUCAUUACUUGUGGAAGGGAUGGCUCGUUCAGGACGAGGACGAUCCCACCGUCUUCGUCGACUACAAAGGCCGCGAUGACGAGCGCUACAUCGUACAUCUGGACCCGGACCGCCUACGAGCUCCCAUCUACCAGAACGCGGCGCGAUUGCUCUUCUCCAUUCUCUACCUCGUUCUAUAUACCAUGUCGAUCAACUCAGUGAAUUGGGACGGCAGCUUCGACGCGGCCGAGAUCCUCUUGUACCUCUUCACCCUAGGCUUCAUCUGCGACGAGCUCACCAAAUUCUGGAAGGCCGGCUACCACAUCCUAAGCUUCUGGACGGCCUUCAACAGCGUCCUCUACGCCGUUCUCUCCGUCUCCUUCGUCUUCCGCAUCAUCGGCCUCGCCCACCCGCUGGGCAGCGACACCCGCCACCAAUACGACAGCCUCAGUUACAACUUCCUGGCCUUCAGCGCUCCCAUGUUCUGGAUCCGGCUGCUCCUGUACCUCGACAGUUUCCGGUUCUUCGGCGCCAUGUUGGUGGUGCUCAAGGUGAUGAUGAAGGAGUCCAUCAUCUUCUUUGCGCUGCUCGCCGUCGUGUUCGUGGGCUUUAUGCAGGCUUUCAUCGGGCUCGAUUUGGCGGAGGACUUGGAGACGGAUGAGAUUUGGUUCAUUAUUCAGGCGAUGGUGAAUUCGAUAAUGGGAAGCCCAGAGUUUAGUGGGUUUGAGAAGUUUGCACCGCCGUUUGGUAUUCUUCUCUAUUAUAUUUUCACAUUCAUUGUCAUGGUCAUUCUCCUCAACAUCCUCAUCGCCUUGUACGGUUCAGCCUACAGCGACAUCUACGAAAACGCCGACGACGAAUACAUGGCCCUCUUCGCCCAAAAGACGAUGUCAUUCGUGCGCGCCCCCGACGAAAACGUCUACAUCGCGCCCCUCAACCUCGUCGAGGUCGUCGUCAUCGUCCUCUUCUCGUGGUGGCUCCCCAAGGACAAGUACGAGCUCGUCAACGACGUGGUCAUGGCUGUCAUCUACUCGCCCCUCCUCGUCGUGGCGGCAUAUUUCGAGACCCGGAAAGCCGCCGACGUUCACCGCAACCGGCUGCGCGGCGAGGAUGACGACGACACGGUGGAGGAGUGGGAGCAGCUGGAGGAUCAGGUGGAUUUCGAGGCGGAGGGGUGGACGAAGCGGUGUGAGGAUGUUAGGGCGAAUGUGGAGGUUGAUCCGGCGGUUGUUGAGGUUAGGAGGUUGAUGGAUGAGGUUGCCGAGUUGAAGGGGCUGGUGGAGGAGUUGAAGAGAGGGGUUGAGGGGAAGCCGAAGGAUGAGAAGGGAGAGGGUGAAGGUGAAGGAGGUGAAGGAGGUGAAGGCGAGACCGCAUCUUAG